AUGGCCCCUGAAGUGAAGCACACUGUGAUAAGCCCUGAGCUGUAUAGUCCCAGUGAACGACGAGCUGUUCCUGACAGCCGGGAACCAGGUGUUGAAGGUGGUCAUGCUCAUCAUCUAUCUGUAGGUCUAGUACUAGGAGGUCAGGAUGUUGUCCUUGACCUCCAGUUAAACCGAGAACUCCUUCCAGAAUCAUACUUCCAGAAAUAUCAUCAUAAGGGUAAGAACGUGAUUAAUCGUCCGACGAAAGACGAGGUAGAACUGUGCCACUACAAGGGAACUGUGCGCGGCAUUCCUGGAUCCUGGGUCGCGCUUUCAACGUGCCACGGACUCAACGGUGUCGUCUUCGAUGGGUUGGAUGCGCAUCAUCUGGAGAGGGUUGAAGAUACCUCACUGUAUCCUGGAGUACAGAAUCCACAUUAUCUUUACAAUCAUAUUCAUUCUAGACAACUCAAUAGAACCUGUGGUUUCUCCGAUCCUGCUCCGGAUACUCCGGAAACCCUUGUAUCUCCUGAACCUAGCUCCAGGUCCUAUAUACCUCCAGAUCUAACAACAGAAUCAUUUUUCAAGGAUCCAGUUUUCAACAGAAUGCUCAGGUACAGAUAUAAACGUGAUAUUUCCAAUAUUGAUGAGAAGCCUGGACCAAGCAAAAUAGAAGUUAAAGGACCCUGGAAUGCAAACAAAAGAUCACGGUUUGUUGAACUUGUCAUUGUCGUGGACAACCGGAAGUUUAAAGAGAAUGGGGAGGAUCUGAACAAGGUGUAUAGGAAGUGCAAGGAUAUGGCGAAUAUUGCCAACGCUCUGUACGCUCCCUUGAACAUCUACAUAGCCCUGGUCGGAGUAGUAGUCUGGAGUGAGUAUGAUGAGAUAACUCUGAGUACUAACGGAGACACCACGCUCACCAACUUCCUUCACUACAGGAGGGAGAGACUGGUCAAGGAGCAUCCUAACGACAACGCCCAGCUUCUUACCGGUAUACAGUUUGACAGUGGAGUUGUUGGGAAGGCCCUGAAGGGUCCGAUCUGUACCUACGAGUUUUCCGGAGGUGUGAGCAUGUGGCACAGUGAGGUUAUCGGUCUAGUGGCGACAACUAUGGCACAUGAGAUGGGACACAACUUCGGUAUGGAACAUGAUACGGAGAACUGUAAGUGUCCUGAGGAACGAUGUAUUAUGUCACCGUCCUCUUCAACUAUGAAACCAUACUUCUGGUCCUCCUGCAGCCUUGAGUAUCUAGCACUGGCAUUCGAGCAUGGGAUGGAUUAUUGUUUGAGAAACAAGCCUCGAACUUUGUUUGAUAGUCCUGUCUGUGGAAAUGGGUUUGUCGAGCCGGGAGAAGAAUGUGACUGUGGACUCAAAGAUCAUUGCGACAAUCCAUGUUGUAAUGCGACCACUUGUCGCAUGUUUGCUAAUGCUACCUGUGCGACUGGAGAAUGUUGUGAUUUCAAAACUUGUAAACCCAAGACUCCAGGUGCUAUGUGCCGACUGUCUGAGCAUGAAUGUGAUCUACCUGAAUAUUGUACAGGAACCUCGGAGUUCUGUCCUAAGGACAUCUACAAGGUUGACGGGAUUCCUUGCAAGGUUGGACAGUCCUACUGUUAUCAGGGUUCUUGUAGAACACAUUCAGAUCAAUGUCGCCUACUCUGGGGACCAUCUGGAAAGAAAUCUGACAAUCAGUGUUAUGAACAAAACAGGAAAGGAAGCCGUCAUGGAAACUGUGGAUACAAUCUGAUGAAUAAGUCCUAUGUGCCCUGUACGAAUGAGGAUGUACGAUGUGGAAUGCUCCACUGCUCCCAUUUAAAUGAAAGAUUAGAGUUUGGAAUGGAAUCUGUUGCAAUUCUGUCUCAUUCCUUCAUCAACUCUGGAGGCCGGAUUAUCCCUUGUCGAACUGCUCUGGUAGAUCUAGGGUUAGAGGACGUUGAUCCAGGUUUAGCUCCAGAGGGAGCUAGAUGUGGUGAGGAUAGUUUAUGUGUAAAUAAGAAAUGUAUGCCUGUAGCUAGUUUACAGAUUGGACCUCUAUCCUGCCCCAACAACUGUAAUGACAAAGGUGUUUGUAACAGUCUUGGACACUGUCACUGUGAUGUAGGUUGGGCCCCACCCUUCUGUGAUGGACCCGGAGCUGGAGGUAGUCUGGAUAGUGGUCCAGCUAGUAGUCCAGAUGGUGGAUCUGCAAUCUCCACCGCCUUGUUCAUCCUGUUCUUGGGUAUCCUCCCUCUUAUCCUUGUCAUAUCCUGCAUUAUAUACCUCACCAAGGGCAGCCUCCACUCCUAUAUUAAGAAAUCUAAACGUGAGGAGGGAUUUAUCAAGGUGGAGAGAAGACGCAGCUCCCGUCCUCCGUCUAGACUAAACCUGGAUUCUAAGGAUAUCUCCGGACCAAUAUCUGUUGAAACUACAAACAGCUUAACCUCCAGUCCUACACAUGCUCUCCUCCCUAGAUCAUCAACUCAAACUUCAGAUAUCGGAGAAAUUCCUCCUGUCUCUGUUAUAAACUCCAGUGAGACCAAGAGACAGGGAUUAUUCUCCGGUAGUGUGUUUGGACUGGGCGGGUUAGGGUACAGGAAAUCUCAGGAUAAACUAGAUUCUUCUGGAGAAACUCCACCUGAAUCUCUCACAGACAGCAACUCCAAGGUCAACAGUUCUAGGUCUAAAGCAAGUAAUAUUCUAAAAUCAUUUAAUAAAAGUAUAUCCUUCCCAUCCACCUUCCCUAGUCCCAAGUUCCGAACCUCCUUGAAGAAACAAAACUCAGAGAGUAAUAAAUAUGAAGUGAAGAUAGAGCCUAGUCAGCAGAUGGAUAAUUCUCCGGUUGAUCCUGCAAAGAUUGAAUGUGUGCCCUUGUCCGAGGGAACAGUUGCCAAUUCUUCGCAGUUCCUUCAAAACAUUGCCAGCACAUCCUCUAUACCACCUCCAUUACAACCUAAACCUGUUCUAGCCGUAGCAGGAUCUAAAUCAUUCUCAACUUUUCAAAAUAAUAAAACCAAAGCGUUCACCUUGCCCCCCAGUAUGUCCCUGGGUCAGGUUACAGCAUCUCCAGUUCCUGUUUCUAAACUUGAAACCAAAGUUGUUCUCGCCGAACCUGAGGAACUGUCUCCGUCCCACACUGUGGUUGAUUUCAAGAACAAUCCUAAACUUGCAUUCCCCCAUAGUUCUAGUUUCUCCGGGUCCGGCAAACUACAGGAGGAGAAACCCAUCCAUGGUAGUCCAAGUGCAGGAAGUAUAGCGGUCAAAAAUAUUCUCCAGAACCUAGAGAGGAAGAAAUCUAACCCUAGUUCUUACAUGAACAGGAAUACACCAGGAGCCAACAGAACGGUUUCUUCUUCUUACUCUGCCAAUAUCCAUCCUGUUCAGUCUCCCUUCUUGAAGAAACAAGAUCCUAAACCUACUCCAGUUACAACCCUCACAGUGUCACCUUUCUCUCAAACCUCUCAACCCUCAACUACAGGCUCUUCUACAGUCUCUCCUGCACAAACAAAGCCAGCUGUAACCUCAACCAAACCUCAAAUACCAGCUUCAAAACCUUCUCUGCUAGACUCUAAGCUUUCAAUAACAACUUCAAAACCUGCCUCUUCCCCUAAAUCCACUGGAGCUAAGCAUACAAUUUGGUCUGUUAUGGAUUCGGAAAAAGAUACAAAAUCGGAAAAACCCAUACCUACAGAAAACCCUAAGCCUGAAAACCAAAGUAAACCUCUAGAAAAGUCUACUCCACCUAGUCUGAAAGAACCCUCAGAUACUAUCCCUAAAAGUCCCCUUGAAACAACUGCAGAUACUUCUAAACCCAGUGUGAAAACUUCUGAAGCAGUUUCUUCUCCCUCUGGUAAAUCUAAACCUCCUCUCUCAAGCUCUAGAGUUGGAACAUCAACCAGCUCUUCUAAACCUGUAAUAAGCCGGCCUGUUCUCCAGGCUGCAACACCUAACGCAGCUUUACUGAUUGCAAAAGCCCCUUCAACAGGAGUUUCACAAUCCUCUAUCCUUGCUACUAAAGAGAAAGAAUCUGAUCCGUUUAAACCUCCCCGGGAUAAAGGACGCAGAGCCAUAUUCUGUGAUCCUAUUACUCUUCCUAGUCCAACCAGUCCUAACAAUCCUCCCAUCAUUCAUCAACCUUCAGGUCCCAGUUCUACAGAUGCUACUGUCGGUAAGAUCAUUACUCCCACCUGGUCUGUUCAACCUUCUCAUGCUGUAGCUGAUCAGGUUCAAGUGUGCAACCUUGAUGGAAAACUCAGUCCGGAGCCGGAGAAGCCGAACCCAACUGAGAAAUCCACAUUCUCUAAACUAAUCUCUAAUGUGAAAAGAACCCCGUCCCUGGGCGUGGCAGACAGACCUACAGGUAAAGAGAAGGAUAAGAGUUCAACCCUACCUAGGAAACCUAAAGGAGGAAAAUAUGACAGAAAUAGUUUACGAACCCUUGAGAUAUCUAGUCCCAUCCUUCAAUCCGAGCUGGGGUAUAAAGCAGACCUGGUUCCAGUUUGUAAAUCUCCAAACCUAGAUCAACCAGACUCACGCCUUUCUCCAACCCUGGAGCAUCAAUCUAGUCCUGAAAGCAAGCAUGCUGCUCCUAAACCUCCUUCUAAACCUCAAAAUGAUGAUAUCAACUGUAAAGAUAAAACAAGAAGUCGAUACCAACCCCCGUGGAGAUCUAACAAAGGCAAUAAAUCAAGUGAGAACAGAGAAAGUGACUCUCAACCUAAGGUUUCAAACAGUGAUGAUAGCCUAGACUUAGCUAAACCUGAGACCCAGAGCUCCCGAUCAAAACGUCCUGCUAGCAUUGCAACUUCUAAACCUAUCCGACCCAGUGGACCUCCUCCUAAACCUCCACCAACUAGGGUUGGGAGCGAGGAACCCUCUCCGGAUGAUAUUUUUAUAAACCGUCAACCUGGUCUAUUCACGCGUCCAGCUCCUUUAGCUAAUAUUAGAGAAACCCUCUCUCCCUCUCUGAACGAACCCAUCUAUGAUACAAUCCAGGAGGAGACGGAUAAAAGAGCAAGUUUAAUCUCCCAGGAUGAGUUUGAAACCCCUCUAGGUUCUCCAACCCUGACCAAGAAGUCUCCGGAUACCCUGUCUACCGGCAGCAGUGCGGAGGAGGACCUCAUGAAGGAGAUCUUGAAGGAGGUUCAUGUUAAAUCUGAGGGAGAAUCCAUCUACAGUAGUCUAAUGAGGAAGGAUAGGAAGAAGAGAAGACAGAAACAGAUUCAUAGCUAAACUAUCAGGGUUUGUUUGUGGAUUAGAAGCUGUCAUGUUGUUAAUCCAACAGAUUAUUCAGAUAUAUUCCUUGAUAUCAAUGCUUGCAAAUAUAAACAAGGAGAUAAGAUAAUGCUAAAUAUUAAAUAAACAAAAGGAUGUUUCUCUCUCCCCCCCCCCCCUGACUGUAGAAAUCUAUACCCUGAGAACACAAAAGACAAUGAAAGAUUCCAGAUCUGAUAAACUCGAUGAUUUUAUUCUAAACCUUGACAAGAACUUCAUGGAGGGUUUACAAUCUUAAAACCCUUUGUUCAGAUUUAUUGUAAAAAAGAUUUCUCUUAAAUUUGUGAAAACUGAGAAUUCUUGCGUGGCUGUGAACCGUUUUUAAUGAAUUAAGAAUACUUGUGCUCACUUCAUACUGCGAAAUUGUUU